AUGGCAUCUAACGAAGUUCUAGUUUUGAGAGGUACCCUAGAAGGUCACAACGGUUGGGUUACAUCCUUGGCCACUUCUGCUGGUCAACCAAACUUGUUGUUGUCCGCUUCCCGUGACAAGACUUUGAUCUCUUGGAAGUUGACUGGUGACGACCAAAAGUUCGGUGUCCCAGUUAAGUCCUUCAAGGGUCACUCCCACAUUGUCCAAGACUGUACCUUGACCGAAAACGGUGCUUACGCUCUUUCCGGUUCUUGGGAUAAGACUUUGAGACUAUGGGAUGUUGCCACCGGUGAAACUUUCCAAACUUUCGUCGGCCACAAGGGUGAUGUCAUGUCCGUUGCCAUCGACAAGAAGGCUUCCAUGAUCAUCUCUGGUUCCCGUGACAAGUCCAUCAAGGUCUGGUCUAUCAAGGGUGACUGUUUGGCCACUUUGAUCGGUCACAACGACUGGGUCUCCCAAGUUAGAAUCGCCAACUCCUCUGACGACGAUGACAAGGUUACCGUUAUCUCUGCCGGUAACGACAAGAUGGUUAAGGUAUUGUGGAACUCUGCUGCCAAGGUCCCAAUGUACACCUUGUCUGCUGGUGACGAAGUUUACGCUUUGUCCUUCUCUCCAAACAGAUACUGGUUGUGUGCUGCCACUGCCUCUGGUAUCAAGAUCUUCUCCUUGGACCCACAAUGUCUAUUGGAUGACUUGAAGCCAGAAUUCGCUGGUUACACUCAAUCCGCUGAACCACAUGCUGUUUCCUUGGCUUGGUCUUCUGACGGUCAAACUUUGUUCGCUGGUUACACUGACAACGUCAUCAGAGUUUGGCAAGUCAUGACCUCUAACUAA